GCUAUUUUGCUGACGUAAGCGAGUUCCCUCCUACAUGGACAAGAUGGGAGAGCAGCCGAUAGAUCAGAUUUCAAGAAUGCAAGGAAUACGUACAAAUGCAUCGCUGAAUAGGUGUGAUGACACACUCACAUACAUUGGGAUGUAGCUACAUGUGAUGUAAGCUUCAUUUUCAAAUAUGGGGCAGAGGCUGGUUGAUAAGCAGGGGCAGCAGAGCCAGAGGAUGGUGAUAUUUGGGGCCAUCUUCCUCCUGAUGACCCUCCUUAUCCUCUACAGCUCCAACAGCGGGAGUGAGAUAAUCUAUGGACCCUUCCACGUGGCCACCAACCACCACUCCAUCAAGACCACUGACUUGAGGAAAUGGGCUGGAAAAGACGGCUAUGUGGCCGUGUAUGGGAAUAAGAACAUGACCCUACACUGCCACCACUGUGCCCUGGUGACCAGCUCCAGCCACGUCCUCGGCACCCAUUCUGGACCGGAAAUUGACCGCACAGAGUGUGUGAUCCGCAUGAACGACGCCCCUACCUUUGGGUAUGAGGCCGACGUAGGGAAUCGGACCUCUCUCAGGGUGGUGGCCCACUCUAGCGUGUUCCGGGUGGCCCGGCGGCCAGGAGAGUUCCUGAACCGGAUGGGAAACACGGUAGUCAUAUUCUGGGGUCCUCCUAACAAGAUAGGAAAGGAAGCCAAAGGCACCUUGUAUCGAGUGAUCCAGAGGGUCAGCAUGACUUACAGUAACCUAUCCAGCUUCGCCAUUGCACCCAAUAAAAUGCGAAAGUUUGACAACUUAUUUCAGAAGGAGACGGGACGAGACAGGGUUAAAACAAAUGUAUUCUUCAAAGGAAUACAUUUAAAACAUGAGUCACAGACAGGACUUUCUCUGCACUUUAACAGACAAAAGUCUCAGUCAUGGCUAAGCACCGGAUGGUUCACCAUGGUGAUUGCCAUAGAGAUCUGUGACAACAUUAAAGUCUAUGGCAUGGUCCCUUCUAGCCACUGUGGACGGAAACCUCAGCCUAAGAAGAUGCCCUACCACUAUUACAAACCCAGAGGGCCAGACGAAUGCAUAAUGUACCUCCAGAAUGAAAGGAGUCGGAGGGGCCCCCACCAUCGUUUCAUCACAGAGAAACACGUGUUCGCUCGCUGGGCCAAGCAGUACAACAUCACCUUCACUCACCCUACCUGGUGAGAGGAGCCGGAACAAAGGGAUAGGCAGUUAUAAUCCCCGUUAUGUAAAAUAGCAGAGAUGAUCACACAAAAGUCUGGACAUGCAGCUGUGGACUAAUCGUGUUGAAUCGAAUCAGCUGUAUUGCUUCUACCCCACAGCAUGGGAGUAAGUGGCCAUCUUUGUUGGGAACUACCUCCUGUGAGACAAUUAAGGCGUUCUUCCUUUUCAAACUUGUAACGUAAAAGCUCUAACUGUGUAAACAGAUACUUUUAAUGUUUUCUUUCUCAUGAAAGCUAUAAAAACAAAGAGUACCAAGUUCAACUAUUAUUCACUGUAUUCAACAAGGUAACGGGGAUCUGACAAGUGAAGUGUUUUUGUAAAUAGAAUGAACAUGAAUUCAUACUGUAUGAUUUCAAAAUGAAUUUAUACGUUUCUAAUGUUUGUUUUGUUUUUCUUGCCACAAAGCAUUCAAGAAUAUUUAAGAAAUGAUUCCCACUUAUCUCUGUGGUUUGUAUAACCCAAGAUGUCAAAUUUUGAAAUAGUUAAUGCCAGAGCCCGUCGGGUGUACUAAUAGUAUAAUUUAACUGAUAUGCCAGUCAUGUGGAAACACAAUGCCUGUUGAAUGUCAAUUAAUUAAUGUUUAGCUGCAAUAUAUUUUGUCUCACUCAAAAGCCCCAUAUCAUCUUCUCCACUCACAUACAUGUGUCUCUAGAUACUGUUUCAACUAAUUAAAGUUUGGAAUGGGGCCUUGGGCAUUUACACCACUGUGCUGAAUUUAAAUGUUUUAUUAGGUAUUUGCUGUUUGAAAUCACAAAAUGGAAGCACAAACAUGUUGCCUCAUCAGCUUGACUUGUGACUUGCUGUGUAGCAUCCCAGGGCAUGCAAAUAUUGAAUGGUACAACUGAAUGUUACAUUAUUUAUUGGUGUAUCUGUGUUGUUAUAUUCUGUUAUUCUUUAUAAAUGUUAUGUACCAAUGCAUUUAACUUAUUUACAUAUUAUCCUUAAAAAGUCUAAAGCAUAGUACUAUUAACAGCAGGUCUUUCUGUGAUACAAAAAAUUCCAUCCCCAUCCCAUGAACAAGAGAUACAAUGCAACAUGUUUUGGGCUUAAAGAAAUACCACACUUCAUGUAUGAGAUUGUUUUGACAUGAUAGGUAUUCUGGUAAUGUUCAGGCUAAAUGAUAGUAAAUUCCAGAA